UAAACCAAAAAUUGGAUAUUUGAUACAGAUUUCCCUUGCAACAGAUUGUAUACUGUUAGAAGUUGAAAUGAAAACAACACGGGUAGUUCUGUUUUUCAUUGCCAUCCUCGUGGUUGGUCAAUGUCAAGAUGACCUAGGUGACCUUGACAUAGACAGCAAUGAUAACGUCCAUGACAUAUCGGAACGAGAGGAAGAAUUCAUAAAUGAGGACGACCUAAAUGACAAAGAUGAAAGAUCAGAAGACGAAUACAUCGACGAGGAAAACGACGAAAACCUUGAUGACAUGGAAAGAGAAGAAAGAUCUGAUGACGAAUCUUUAGAAGAGGAGAAUGAUGAAAAUAUUGAUGGCCAAUCAGAAAUCGAAAAGAGAGAUAACGAAGAGGAGGAAGUGGCAGAUGAUGAUGAUAUCGUGAGACGUGAGACGCUUGAAGAGUUGAGAGUUCAAAUAAAAGCAGCCAGAGAUGCAUAUAAUGAAAAGGUUAAGGCCUGUGGAGUAAAGCAUAAAUUUGUACCAAUGGAAAAAUGCAAUGAAUGCAGGGCAACUUGUAGAGAGACAAGAACAUGCAGAACAUGCCGACCAAUUUGUAGGGCUGAUAGAAAAGAACUGAAGUCUAAAGAUUGCGACCUUACAUUUGACAGGACAGCACUUAAAAAAUAUUACACACAAAGGAGAAAAGAAUGGUUCAAAAAAUUAAACAUGCAAAGCAGAUUCCGGAAUUUUUGGAAAAAAAAAUGGAACAGGAUACAAAGAUUGAAAAAAGACUAAAACAAUUUCAUUAGAAGCCAAUGCUAAAAUAAAGUUCAGUACGAUAACAAAACUAAA